AUUUGCCUACUUAACUGUUCUAUUUUUUCUGUAAAAAAGAGAAGUACGCUUAAAAGGAUACGGAGUACUCCCCAAGUUUGCUCUACCUCCGGUCUUCCACACAGAUCUCUCAACUUCUUUGCUUCUCUGAGCAGUAUUUUCUUGACUUUUUCUAUCCCUCUACACUUUAACGCACGCACAAGUAGCGGCGGAGAUGGCAACGCCCAUGGCGGAGGACAGCAAUUUCGAGGAUGACCAGCUCGCUUCUAUGUCCGUUGAAGAUGUUAUCAGGGCUUCGCGGCUGCUCGACAACGAAAUUCGAAUUAUGAAGGAAGAAGUUCAAAGAACGAAUCUUGAGUUGGAUUCGUUCAAGGAGAAGAUCAAGGAAAAUCAAGAGAAGAUUAAACUCAACAAGCAGCUUCCUUACUUAGUAGGAAACAUAGUUGAGAUUUUAGAAAUGAACCCAGAGGAAGAUGGUGAAGAGGAUGGCGCAAAUAUUGAUCUUGACUCACAAAGAAAGGGAAAGUGUGUUGUACUAAAAACAUCAACUCGCCAGACAAUCUUCCUGCCUGUGGUUGGUCUUGUUGAUCCUGACAAGUUGAAGCCCAGUGAUUUGGUUGGUGUGAACAAAGAUAGUUAUUUGAUCUUGGACACUUUGCCAUCUGAGUUUGACUCUCGAGUUAAGGCAAUGGAAGUUGAUGAAAAACCAACAGAGGACUACAAUGAUAUUGGAGGGCUUGAGAAGCAGAUCCAAGAACUGGUUGAGGCAAUUGUUUUGCCUAUGACGCACAAAGAGCGGUUUCAGAAAUUAGGAGUCCGUCCACCAAAAGGUGUUCUUCUCUAUGGACCUCCGGGGACUGGUAAAACACUAAUGGCUCGUGCCUGUGCCGCUCAGACAAAUGCUACUUUUCUCAAGCUAGCAGGUCCUCAACUUGUUCAGAUGUUCAUUGGAGAUGGAGCAAAACUUGUUCGUGAUGCUUUCCAGCUUGCAAAGGAAAAGUCCCCUUGCAUUAUUUUCAUUGAUGAGAUUGAUGCUAUUGGCACAAAACGUUUUGAUAGUGAGGUCAGCGGGGACAGGGAAGUCCAAAGAACUAUGUUAGAACUAUUGAAUCAGCUAGACGGAUUUAGCAGCGAUGAUAGAAUAAAGGUCAUAGCAGCAACAAAUCGGGCUGAUAUUUUAGAUCCUGCUUUAAUGAGGUCUGGUCGAUUGGACCGCAAGAUUGAGUUUCCCCAUCCUACAGAGGAAGCCAGGGCUCGUAUAUUGCAGAUCCACUCAAGAAAGAUGAAUGUUCACCCAGAUGUGAACUUUGAAGAGUUGGCUCGAUCGACAGAUGACUUCAAUGGGGCACAAUUAAAAGCUGUCUGUGUUGAGGCUGGCAUGUUAGCACUACGCCGAGAUGCAACAGAGGUUACACAUGAAGAUUUCAAUGAAGGAAUUAUCCAAGUGCAGGCCAAGAAGAAGGCUAGCUUGAACUAUUAUGCUUAAAUUUUAAUUAUACGUUUGGUGUUCCAGGAUUAAAUGUGCCUUGACAAAUUGUGUUAUCACUCCUUUGAUUUAAGAUCUACACUGAAGUGUUCUCUCUUUCGUCUGACUUAUUCUGACUUUCUGUGCUCCGAAAAACAAGUUCUCCCUCUUAUUUAAGAUGACAUAUAAAUAAUAAUAAUUUAAAAAUAACGACAUAUAUGAUCAAAAUAAACAUCAAGGACAAAAAUGUGAUUUGUUAUCCAAAGUGACUACAUUAGUAA